AUGUUCAAAUACUUCGCUCUCGUUUUUGUGGCCCUCUUCGCCUUCGCUGCUGCCGAGCCUAAACCCAGCGUCUUCGCCGCACCAUUGGCCUACUCUGCCCCAUUGGUCGCAUCGCCCUACGCUGCCGCCUAUGCCGCUCCCUAUGCUGCUUACGCCGCUGCUCCUUAUGCGGCCUAUGCUUCACCAUACGCUGCCUACUCCGCUUAUCCAUACAGCGGCGCCUACUUGCUUCGCAAGUAAAUGGAAUGUGGCUGAAGAAAA